AUGUUUCAGGUAACUGCUCGACGUCAAAAAUGUCCGGAAGGAUUCCGGAAGGAAGAUGCUAUUAUACAAAAGUUAAUGGAAAAUUAUACCAAAAUAUUGCCUGAAAUUGAUGAUGCUGUACAAGUAGAUAUUGAAAUCCAUGUACAGGAUGUUUCAGCAUUAAAUGAAAUUACAGCUGAUUUUAAUGUUGAUAUUUUAUACACUCAAUUAUGGAAUGAUCAAUCAUUAAGUUUUACUAAUUACAAUCCUUGCAAACGAAAUAUAACAAUGGAUUCAAAGUUCUUAUCACAUAUAUGGACACCCAAUACCUGUAUAAUUAAUGCAAAACGAACAGUGAUACAUGCUUCACCCACUGAUAAUAUUAUGGUUAUCUUAUAUGAAAAUGGUACUAUAUGGGUCAACUAUCGAAUGUCUGUAAAGGCGCCUUGUGAUCUUGACUUAAGGAUAUUCCCUUUCGAUAUUCAAUCUUGUGCGUUAAGAUUUGAAUCAUAUUCACAUAACAAUGAUGAAGUAAUAUUACGAUGGAUGGAUAAUGCGAUUACAUGGAUGAAACCGGUUCAGUUACCGGAUUUUGAUUUAGUCUCUUAUAGGAUAAUUAAUGAAACAGUACUUUAUCCAAAUGGCCAUUGGGAUCAACUUCAGGUUAUUUUUACUUUUAAACGACGCUAUGGAUUUUAUAUCCUUCAAGCAUAUAUACCAACCUAUUUAACAAUUAUUGUAAGUUGGAUUAGCUUUUGUAUGGAACCUAAAGCAUUACCAGCACGUACAACGGUUGGUGUGUCAUCGCUUCUUGCUUUGACAUUUCAAUUUGGUAAUAUUCUCAAAAAUCUUCCACGGGUUUCAUAUAUUAAAGCAAUGGAUGUUUGGAUGCUUGGUUGUAUUACUUUUGUUUUUUGUACAAUCGUUGAAUUAGCAUUUGUAUGCUUCGUUACGCGAUGUUUUCGUAGAAAUUUAUUAAAAAAAAAAGCUGAAAAACGAGGGCGACAUCGAAAGCGGCCAAUUGACCAACCACAACAAUUAUGCAUACGGUCAUCAUCAUUAAGCCUUAAUGGUAUUUUUCAUCAUAGUAGCAGUUAUACAUCAACAAAUAAGACAAUAUCAUCAGAGGAAGGUUAG